AGUCGCCAUUUUAGUCCUUGUCAGUGUCGUAGUAAGCGCGUUGCUUGUACUUUGGUUCUACAACGUCUAAGCGUAAAUAUUUUUUCUGUCCUGUUAAUUUCGUCUUCUCGUAUUUUUCUUCAUCCAGUCGACGUCAGAAGAUAUCAGUAUUCCAUUUAAGUUUCCACAAUAUCCAGAAACGCAGCCAUGAUCACCAGAAAAAGAGGAAGAAGCAGCCUAAACGCUGACAUCACAUGUACGAGCACCUCCCGUGAGACUGAUGGCGUUUCGAAAACCAGUAACGCAAGUGAAACGAACAUACAAACUUCCCCAGAAAGCGACACCAACGAUUGGGGCCUGGAUGAUCUGCUUGGCUCCGGGUUCAACUGGGACCUGGACAACGAAGUGCUUGAUGCUUUCGUCAACUUGGAAUCACAGACGACGACCAGCGACGAGACCGACCAAAGCGCUGUGCUUGACCUUGCCGCGUCCCGCAGUAGAGGUGUAGUUCAGAGAUCAAAACUGCAAGACGUCUCCGGUCGGAUCAUCAACAAGAAUGCCAUCGCAGCGAGGAUAAACCGUUUAAAGAAGAAAGAAUACGUCAGUGGCCUGGAACAGAGAGUUGGUUCUUUGACAACGGAGAAUCGCGUUCUCAAGCAGGAAAAUGGCAAUCUUAACAAGAGAGUGGAAGAGUUGGAGAAUGAAACUAGGUACUUGAGAGCCGUGUUGGCCAAUGAGAGCAUGCUGGCUCAGCUGUUGUCUAGAUUGAGCGGUGUGAACGGCAUGAAAUUCUCUACCUCGCUUUUCCAGGAAUCCAACGAGAAUGACCACGAUUAUGCCAUGCCGAGGAAGAGGGUGAAGGUGGAAGACAAAGAUACUGCAGGUGGCAUCUGCCUGCAUGUGGACAAAGACCACGUCUCGGUGGAAUUCUGCACCAAAUGUGCAGAGAGUUCAAGCUUGUCGCAUAAAAUGUAGGGUCAAGUAUUUUACCUUUUGAACGUUUCCCAAGACUGAACAUUUGCACAAGAUGUAAAUGAGGGGACAUGACAACGGUAGUUGUCAAAUAUAGAGUUAACUGUUUAAAUGUGUGCAGAGCUUGAAUGGCAUGUCUGUUGAACUUGCUUUCAAUACAAGUUACUGCUAAACUUGUUGACAGUUUUCUUCUAGGUGCUUGGUCCGCCAUGCUGGAUGACUGGGUCACAGAACAUCCUUGACUGCUGAAAUCCAUGUGGAUUUUGCUGUGGGGAAAGCAGAAGAAUCGGGACCAGCAGCUUGCAUCAUGGCCUGGUAAAUUUAAAAAAAGGUAGUACUUGAAACAGUGUAAGUUACAGUUUUACUGAUUCUUUAUCCACACCUGUAAAGACGUCAGAUGAUGCCAUGCUCAUUUAGCAUCUAAAUGAGCGUUUAAACUCCUGUUUAUAGUAAUGUUUUAUUACAAGACAUUGAACAUCUGUCUCUUAUCCAUGCUUCAUUUUGAUUUGUUAAAGCACUUGGGCUUUAUUUGACAGUUGUCAGGAGAAUAAGUAUGUUCUGAAACAGCAUUUUUUUUUUUCAAAGGGUCAUGGUUUUUGAAUAUGAUUGUGAGAUGUAAUGGAAAUCCAAAGACUGUGCAGACCUAUGACUGCAGCUGUUAUGAAAUAAAUUUUCAUUUGAAUAAUGCUAA